AACCGUUUCAGAACUCUGACUUGACCGUUGUGUCCAUUCAAAUCUCACUUCUUUUCCAUGCUUCACUCUUCGCUUUCCUAAUCCAACGGCUCACAUUCACCCAACACUCUUCUCCUUCUUCCUCUUCUUCUUUCCUUCUAAGGCCGUGUUUGGAUUAUACCAUCGAUAAAAAACGAUUCCCGGAAAAUGCCGGUUUCAACGCGAUCUAAAAUCUCUACAGAAAAUGAGCGAAAUCCAACAAUGCAAGAGCAACAGAGACUCAGAAACCCUCACCAUGGCCUCAAAGAAAAACUCAAAACCCUCACUCUUUUAUACGAACAGCAAAAACAAGCUUCCAAGUCUCUCAGAAACAGCAACACUGCCAUGCGAGAGAGAAACUCGAUCGCAAACCCUAACUCAACUAUUACGAAAACCUUCGUUUUACCUCAACCACCUUCUUCCUCAAACAACGAUGAUGAUGCCAAAGAAAAUCAGAAUCUCAUUGUUGGACAGGAUCGCAUCGUUGGAUUUUCGUAUCCAAGAAAGGUUUCAACCACUACGAGUGCAGCAGCUCCGGUUGCCGCCGUUGCUCGGAGACUAUCGAUGCCGGCUCCGGUGAAAGGGAAGGAGGAAGAAUUAGGGAAAUGUGUGAGUAGAAUUUUGGUGUUUGUAAGGGUUAGACCAAUGAGCAAGAAGGAAAUUCAAUUGAGUUCAAGGUGCUGUGUGAGAAUUGUUAAUCACCGUGAUGUUUAUCUAACCGAGUCUGCAAAUGAGAAGGAUUACCUCAGGCUCAAUAGGGUUAAGGGGCGUCAUUUUGCGUUUGAUGGUUCUUUUAGUGAUUCAGCAACUCAGCUACAGGUGUAUUCCACAACAACUUUGGAACUUGUCGAAGCUGUUCUGCAGGGGAGGAAUGGAUCAGUUUUCUGUUAUGGUGCUACAGGAGCUGGAAAAACAUAUACAAUGCUCGGUACCGUGGAGAAUCCAGGGGUGAUGGUUUUGGCGAUUCAGGAUCUAUUCAGUAAAAUCAGGCAGAGAAGUUGUGAUGGAAGCCAUGUGGUUCAUCUCUCCUAUCUUGAGGUUUACAAUGAAACAGUCAGGGAUUUGCUUUGCCCCGGAAGGCCUUUAGUCCUUAGAGAAGAUAAACAGGGGAUUGUGGCGGCCGGUCUUACACAAUAUAGAGCUUCUUCUGCAGAUGAGGUGAUGGUAUUGCUACAACAAGGAAAUCAAAACCGAACCACAGAACCAACUCGUGCAAAUGAAACGUCUUCGCGUUCCCAUGCAAUUUUGCAGGUUGUGGUUGAAUUCCGAGUUAGAGAUGCCGCAACAACGGAUAUUGUUAACCGAGUGGGCAAGCUCUCAUUAAUUGAUCUUGCAGGGUCAGAAAGGGCUCUUGCCACGGAUCAAAGAACACUAAGAUCUCUUGAGGGUGCCAACAUAAACCGGUCCCUUCUUGCACUCAGCAGCUGCAUCAAUGCUCUUGUAGAGGGAAAGAAACACAUACCAUAUCGAAAUUCCAAACUCACUCAACUUCUCAAGGAUUCAUUAGGAGGAAUUUGCAACACUGUCAUGAUUGCAAACAUUAGCCCAAGUAGCCUCUCAUUUGGUGAGACUCAGAACACCGUUCACUGGGCCGAUAGAGCCAAAGAGAUUCGGCUAAAGGUAAGCGAAACCAAUGAGGAUCAAUUGCCAAUACACGAGACAGACGCUGACCAGGCCAAGCUGAUACAUGAGCUGCAAAAGGAGAAUCAUGAAAUAAGAAUGCAGCUAGCAGGGCAACAACAAAAGCUCUUGACUCUAGAAGCACAGUCCUUAGCUUCACAUUCCUCUACACCUCCAGCACCUUCUGAUGCAAAACUUUCCACUACUCCAACUUCGGCCCAACCUAGUGAAAAACGAAGGACUAGAUCCUCUUUCUUGGCUGGAACUUGUUUUACUCCGGAAACCAAGAAGAAAGGAGUUGAGCUAGCUGUGAGGACACUACAACGGACAGUGAAAGCACUAGAGGCUGAGAUAGAGAGAAUGAAGAAAGAUCAUGUCUUGAAGCUAAAGCAGAAAGAUGAUCUCAUCCGCGAGCUUUCUCAAAAGUGUGAAAAACAAGCAUUAACAACAAGAGAAGUAGGGAAGAGAGAGGUAACUAGGGCUGCUGGCUUACCAGUAAAUGAGCCAAACAAUGUUGAAUUGAAGAGUCAUCGUCUUCGAUCACCAGCUCCAACUGCGAAGAAGCGAAGCUUUUGGGACAUAACCACAAAUAAUAGCCCAUCAGUUACUACAUCAAAUGGGAGAAAAACUAGAAGUCAUGUUCUUUCAGAACCCACAGCACCUCCUCGAUCCAUGCUUCUUCAGCCUGGUUUUGCUCGUCAAAAAGCCAAUAGUUAGAUAUAUGGAGUAAAAGAGGAAAUUGCUUAAGUACAUGGAUAUAGAGAAGAGGAAAUUGCUUAAGUACAUGGAUAUAGAGAAUUAUUGCACGCAUGAUAUAACGCUCCUCCUUUGUGGCCAUCUUUUAUGCUUCUGCCCAAAGGAUAAUGAUAAUGGUGCAGUCGGCUGCAAACCCGGUCCUUUGCAUACUUCUUCAUUCGCCAUCACUUUUGUAUGAGGUCGAGAUAGAUAUUCUCCAUUUUUCAAAUGACAUGGAAGGCUCCAUAUAUGAGAGGUGGAAAGAAUGAGAUUGGAGGAAAACUCCACAAAAAAUUGUAGAUGUACAUUAAUUGAUUUUAACGACAGAGAUAUUGUUAUUGACACAACAGUAAACUGGAUACCAUGAGUAUGUAAAUUUUUUAUUGCUUUGAUAUAUACAACCAUGCCCCUCUGAAUCUGGUUUCCUAAA